AUGAUGGAGGUGCUGAACGACGCGGAACGGAGCGCAAUAGGCGCGGCAGACGCUGUGAAGCAACUGCUGGACGCACUGAAAGGGCAUCUCAAAGAGGUGACGAGCAACACUGUAGCGCACGUGGAGGUGGAACGAGAUGCUGCCUCGCGGCUGCAGGGCGCAGCAAUGGAGGCGGCCAACAGAGGAAUGAGGUUUAUCAACGCAUGCAUGAGGAUGAAUGAGGAAUUGCAGCAACUGCCACGCCUCACUGCACAAGUCAAGGAAUUGAGCCGCAAAGUGGAUGAAUUCGAGUCCCAGCUUAACAGACUCCUUCCACGCUGA